GAGCCGCAAACUGCAUGGGCAUGCAACCGAUUGCUUUCAAUUAGGCAACCGUUUUCCUCUUGCUCAAUGCUCAAUCAACUGAAAGAGUGGAAAUCCGCGUCUAUCGCGCUUUAGAUUAGUGACGAAUAUUUUUAAAAGCGCGUUAUUUUUAGUGUUGGUAAUAAUAACUAAAUACCCACAUUUUGAGGUCGUGCCACAAAACUGCAAAAUUUAUUGCGCUACGAGGUGCGAUCGAAACACUCCAUUGGAAAAUGGGCCAAACCUUCACAGCCUCCAAGCGAAACGAGAUGGCCAGGCCCAAAUGAGCGCCAGAGGAAAAUCUCCACUGAAAGACACUAUGAGUCUGGGGGUCUUUUGAGCGGACCUCGUACAGUGUCAAGACUGCAUCCGAACACCUUCGUAGGUGUGAUUUGUUAGCGGGGACCUCCAUUCUAGGCUGUGUUUUGUGAUCGCGCCAUGUAGUUACAUAAAAAGUCGAAACUCACCUCCAGUUAGUGGCAGGACUUUGCCAUGUGAAUGGAUAGUCGCGUUGCUUGAAUGUCGUUUAGGGAAAAACGCAGAAAUUUGACUUUUUUUAGUGAAUGUGAACGCCGUUUCUAGUUGCCAACACGUUUCGUGUGGUUCUACAUUAUGAGCGUAACCGCGCAGCAGAAGAAUAAUCUAUCAAUACCCAGUUUAGACAACUUCAAUUCCAAGACAAAACUAGUGAUGAAUGACAAUAAUUUUAAAAUUGACAUUGACCCGGCCGGGGAGAAAAUUUACAAACCGCAUGAGCAUCGAGUACUCAGCCAUCCCAAUAAUUUUUUAGGAGCCUUUCUACAUCUGGUCAAGUCGUCUUUGGGGACUGGCAUUUUAGCGGUACCUCGCGCCUUUAAAAGCGCCGGCCUCCUAGUGGGGCUAUUCGGCAACAUUCUGAUUGGAAUAUUAUGCACUCACACUGUAUAUAUCCUGGUCGAAACAUCAGAAAAAGUAUGCGCCAAAGGAAAAAUUCCUAGUUUAGGAUAUGCGGACACAGCUGAAGAAGUCUUCAAACAAGGACCAAAAGCUGUGCGAAAAUGGUCUGGCUGUGUCAGAACUUUUGUGGAAAUCGCGCUGGUCUCCACCUACUACCUCGGAGUGGCCGUCUACAUGGUAUUCAUCUCCCUCUCCUUGACCAAACUCUUUUCAUUCUAUUAUCCAGAGGCGGCGUCCUGGGACAGGUACCAGCUCAAGCUGGUCAUCAUGGUCCUGCUGAUGGUUCUGUGCCAGAUCAGAGAGAUCAAGCACAUGGUUCCCUACUCUUUCAUAGCCAACGUGAUGCUGGCUGUGGCCUUUGGAAUAACUGGUUAUUACAUAUUUUCCGGCCUGGGAGAGGUGGAAGUCCAUAUGUCCAAUGGAUUUUCAGGAAUACCUUCGUUCUUCAGCACAGUGCUUUUUGCCAUGGAGGGCAUCGGCACCAUAAUGCCCGUGGAAAACUCCAUGCCAGAACCGCAGUUUCUAGGAACCUGUGGGGUUCUCAACUCCGCCAUGGUGGUCAUUGUGUUCUUCUUCACGUCGAUCGGAUUCCUCGGCUACUUUCGCUAUGGGGAACUGACUGAAGUCACCAUUAUGAAGAACUUGCCGGAUGACAAAAUUGCAGCACAGAUCGCUCAGGGCGCCAUCGGAAUCUCAGUAUUUUUCUCGUUCAUGUUGCAAUUCUACAUUCCGACCGACAUCAUGUGGAAGCGGCUCAGAUCAAAAAUUCCCGAGCAAAAACACAACGUGUCUCAGAUCUGGCUCAGAAUCAUCAUGGUUGCCGUUGUUACAGCAAUUGCCAUUGCUGGCGGCGAAGACUUGGGCUCAUUGAUCGACCUGGUCGGGGCGAUUUUCUUCUCUUCGCUCGGUUUUUUGGUGCCUGCCGUGCUGGACAUCAUCGCCAACGUCGAAGAAGGCUGGGGAAGGUGUCACUGGAAGCUGCUCAAGAAUUUAUUUAUUAUAUUCUUGGCCCUGUUUGCUCUUGUUUCGGGCAGCUACUAUGCGAUAUUAGACAUGCUCAAGUGAU